AUGUGGGAACAAGACGAAUUUGCAAAGCACUGGAGGAACGAAUUCCCCGAUGGGAAAGUACCUCACAUGGCGUUUGAGUCCGUGGAGGACAUCGAGUCGGAGCUGGAGGCGAGCAAGGCCAACCUGAAGAGGCUCCAGAAGGCGCUGGCGGAGGAGAAAUUCAAGGUGAUCUACCUGCAGACCACCAUGGCUCAGCGGAAGACGAGGUUCCGCGGGAAAGAUGAGAACGCCAACGUGGACAAGAGCGGGGAGACCAGGGGACCGCGGCGGCGGGUGGACGAGGUCGACGGGCAGUGGACCGCGGCGUGCGACUCCGGGUGCGCGAGGCUCAACGCGGGGGGCGUCAUGAGCUCCUUCGGGCGCGAGCGGGGCAGGUUCAGCGGCAAGACGGGGAAGCCCGUCCCCAUCCCGGUGCCCCCGCCGAAACCCAGCUUCCAGAAGAAGGACCCGGCGCCGGCCGGCGGCGAGGCGGGCAGCGACCGAGAGUACGAAGACGCGGAGCUGAACGAGAACUUCGUCCGGAGUAACUUGUUGGCGCCGAAGGUCGUCUGCGGCGACAACCAGAGGACGCCCGCCGGCUACCGGGAAAACCGGUGGCCUUUCCGCCUCAGCAGGGACUUGGACUCCGGCGACGAAGGCAGGGUGUCCCCGUCCUGCCUGCGCGUUCCCGGGAGCAGCACCCCCGACAGGAGGAGCGACGGGUACCUGAGCUCCGACCAUGACGACGACUCGUCUGCAGACUUCAACUACAACACAGAUGGCUACGAGGGGGACGGAGCGGAGGACGGCAAGUCCCAGGACGGCUCGGAGACGCUGCCCUUCAUAGACGAAUCCCCCACCAUGUCGCCCCAACUGUGCGCGACCCAAGGGCCCGACGGAGAGGCGGUGUCCCCUACACCACCCGAGGGCCUGCUGGCAGGGGGAGGAAUAGAGAAAGGACUGGAGAUGAAGAAACUGGUGCUGUCUGGUUUCUUGGCCAGCGAGGAGAUCUACAUCAACCAACUGGAGGCCCUGCUACUGCCCAUGCGUCCGCUAAAAGCCACGGCCACAACCUCGCAGCCCGUCUUGACCAUCCAGCAGGUUGAGACCAUCUUCUACAAAAUCCAAGACAUUUUUGAGAUCCACAAGGAGUUCUACGACGCCCUCUUGCCCAACAUCCAGCACUGGGACGAGAAGGUCACCGUGGGACAUUUGUUCCAGAAGCUGGCCAGCCAGUUGGGGGUGUACAAGGCCUUUGUGGACAACUACAAGGUGGCGCUAGAGACGGCAGAGAAAUGCAGCCAGGCCCACGUCCAGUUCCAGAAGAUAUCUGAGAAUCUCAAAGUUAAAGGUCCCAAAGACUCCAAAGAUUGUACCACAAGUGUCUCAAUGGAGGCUCUCCUUUACAAGCCCAUUGACCGUGUGACCAGAAGCACCCUGGUUCUACAUGACUUGCUGAAACACACUCCGAAGGACCACCCGGACUUCCCGCUCCUGCAGGACGCUCUGCGGAUAUCUCAGAACUUCCUUUCGUCCAUCAACGAGGAGAUCGACCCUCGCAGGACCGCCGUCACCACGCCCAAGGGAGAGGCUCGUCAGCUGGUGAAGGAUGGCUUCCUGGUGGAGGUGUCGGAAAGCUCAAGGAAGCUCCGGCAUGUCUUCCUCUUCACGGACCUGCUGCUCUGUGCCAAGAUGAAGAAGACCGCUGUGGGUCGCCAUCAGCAGUACGAGUGCAAGUGGUACCUCCCUCUGGCGGACUUGACUUUCCAGACCCUGGACGACUCAGAGUCUUGCCCCAGUAUUCAGGUCCUCCCCGAGCACGAGAUCGAGGAGAUGAAGAUCAAGAUCUCCGUUCUGAAGAGUGAGAUACAGAAAGAGAAGAAAGCACCGAAGGGUCAGAGUCGCGUGGAGCGCCUGAGAAAGAAAAUGAACGAACAGGAGUCGUGGCUGCUCCUGCAUUCUCCCACCAUCCCCUUCCGCAUCCACAACAGACAUGGAAAGAGCUACCAGUUCCUCAUAUCCUCUGAUUACGAGAGGUCGGAGUGGAGGGAAAGCAUCCAGAAACUGCAGAAGAAAGAUCUCCAGGCGUGUGUAUUGAGUUCUGUGGAGCUUCAGGUCCUGACCAGCUCCUGUUUCAAACUACGAACCGUCCACAACAUUCCGGUCACAAGUAACAAAGACGAUGAGGAGACUCCCGGCCUGUACGGCUUCCUGCAUGUGAUCGUCCACUCGGCCAAAGGAUUCAAGGACUCAGCCAAUCUAUACUGCACCCUUGAAGUGGAUUCGUAUGGAUACUUUGUCAGCAAGGCCAAGACCCGAGUCUUCCGGGACACCUCCGAGCCGCAGUGGAACGAAGAGUUUGAGAUCGAGCUGGAGGGCUCCCAGUACCUGCGGAUCCUGUGCUACGAGAACUGUUACGACAAGAGCAUGCUCAACAAGGACGACAACGAGAUCGUGGACAAGAUCAUGGGCAAAGGGCAGGUCCAGCUGGAUCCUCAGACUGUGCAGUCCAAGAACUGGCACAUGGACGUCAUCGAGAUGAACGGGAUCAAAGUGGAAUUCUCCAUGAAGUUUACAAGUCGGGACCUCAGCUUGAAGAGAACACCAUCCAAAAAACAAAGUGGUGUGUUUGGAGUCAAAAUCAACGUGGUGACAAAGCGCGAGCGCUCCAAGGUGCCUUACAUCGUCCGCCAGUGCAUUGAGGAAGUGGAGAAGAGGGGGAUCGACGAAGUGGGAAUCUACAGGAUCUCCGGGGUGGCCACUGAUAUCCAGGCCCUCAAAGCAGCAUUCGACACCAAUACCAAAGAGAUCUUGGUGAUGCUGAGCGACAUGGACAUCAACGCCAUCGCGGGAACCCUGAAGCUGUACUUCAGGGAGCUGCCGGAGCCUCUGCUCACAGACCGCCUCUACCCCGCCUUCAUGGAGGGCAUAGCGCUCUCAGAUCCGGCAGCCAAGGAGAACUGCAUGAUGCACCUCCUGCGUUCUCUGCCCGACCCCAACCUCAUGACCUUCCUCCCUCUGCUGGAUCACCUCAAACGGGUGGCUGAGAAGGAGCCCAUCAACAAGAUGUCCCUCCAUAACCUGGCCACCGUGUUCGGCCCCACUCUGCUCAGGCCCUCAGAGUCUGAGAGCGCGAAGGGACUGCACAUCACCUCCGCCUCUGACAUCUGGUCACAUGACGUGAUGGCGCAGGUCCAGGUGCUGCUGUAUUACCUGCAGCAUCCUCCCAUCUCCUUUGCCGAGCUCAAGCGCAACACGCUCUACUUUUCCACUGAUGUCUAAGCUCCACCCACCUCCCUCAGGGCACCAUCUGGAGAGGAGAGAGUGAGAGACUCCGUACAAACCCCGGCCCUCGUUGCUCACUCCUCCUGCCUCACCUCUCCUCCCAGCAGGCAGUGCAUCUCGACUGUACAGAGCCCGCCCCCUUCUCCCCCCACGUCCCACACACACACACACACACACACACACAC